AAACAGAGGAAGGCGGCGGAGGAUGAAAAAAGGAGCCAAAAGCCACAGCAGCAAGUUGGCCCACACAUCUCUGUUACUCCCGUGAUGUCACAAGCAUGUGACCCCGCUUCUCCAGUGACAGUUUUCUGAGGGAAUGAGAAAAGAGAUUUUUAAAGGCUCUUGCCUCUUUUGGGUUUGUGUGAAGCCUUCGCUCACCUCACGAGCAACCACAGAACCGCAGAAGUUCGGCUCAGGAUUUUUGCAUGGGGUGUAAAUGGUUAAUUGUCGCCGGUCAACUUCAGGUUUAAGGACGGCACCAACCAAAGCAUCAAGGGUCGGCGAAACCGCAGAGAAACGAAAAUUUGUAUGCCAAGUGACCGACUGUGGCGACAUGGCAUCCAAUAGCCUCUUCAGUUCGGUGACCCCGUGUCAGCAGAGCUUCUUUUGGGAUCCCAGCGCCGGCCGGAGGUUUAGUCCACCGGUAUCGGUGAAGAUGAACGAUGCGAACUCGAAUCCAGCACAACAGCAGCAGCAGGACAGCGCGGUGGUGCCGAGACUCCGUGCGCAAGAGAACCGCUCCAUGGCCGAGAUCAUCGCCGACCACCCCGCCGAACUGGUGCGGACCGACAGCCCGAACUUUCUCUGCUCGGUUCUGCCUUCGCAUUGGAGGUGUAACAAAACCCUACCGGUUGCCUUUAAGGUGGUCGCUCUGGGUGAUGUUUCCGACGGGACGGUGGUCACAGUGAUGGCAGGGAAUGAUGAGAAUUAUUCGGCUGAGCUCAGGAAUGCCUCAGGUGUUAUGAAGAACCAGGUGGCCCGCUUCAAUGACCUACGAUUUGUUGGCCGGAGUGGAAGAGGGAAGAGCUUCACUUUGACGAUUACAGUAUUCACAAACCCACCACAAGUGGCCACUUACCACAGGGCCAUUAAGGUGACGGUGGACGGACCACGAGAGCCCAGGAGACACAGACCAAAACUGGAUGACUCGCCGAAAGCCGGACUGUUCUCGGACCGGCUGAGUGAACUGGAACGGAUACGACAGAGCACGAUGCGGGUUACUGUGCCAACGCAAACGGCACGGCCAUCGCUUAGCAGUCCGAAUUCCUUCACACCGCAAGGACAGACGCAGAUAACAGAUCCACGUCAGGCUCAGUCUUCACCACCAUGGUCAUACGACCAGACCUAUUCGUCGUACCUUAGUCCAAUGGCCUCUCCGUCCGUGCACUCCACCACCCCGCUCUCGUCCAGCCGAGCCACGGGUCUGCCCUCCAUCAGCGAUGUGCCCAGACGUCUCCCAGGUACGACGGAUUUGAGUCCUUUUCCUGGCCAAUUUGAACGUCAGUUUCCCGGAUUUUCCUCACUCACAGAAAGCCGAUUUUCCAGUCCGAGGAUGCACUACCCGGCCACAUUCACGUACACACCGACCCCCGUCACCAGCGGAAUGUCGCUCGGCAGCGCCCACUACCACACCUAUCUACCCCCACCGUACCCCGGCUCCAACCAGAGCCAAACUGGACCCUUUCAGAGCAGCAGCACACCGUAUCUCUACUACGGUGCCUCAUCCGGUUCCUACCAAUUCUCCAUGGUCCCGGGGGGAGAUCGCUCGCCAAGCCGGAUGAUGCCGCCGUGUACGAGUGCCUCCACGGGAACGAGCCUCGUCAACCCAAAUCUCCCCGUCCAGGCUGACGGAAGUGGGGGGGUGGAAGGAGACGGUAGUCAUAGUAACUCCCCCACUUUGCUUAAUCCUGCUGGUAGAAUGGACGAAGUUGUUUGGCGGCCAUAUUGACGGGACAGCGACAAGCCUUUAUUAAACAAGCGGCAUGGUUUUAAAGCACAACGUUACUAGGAUUUCCAUCCUGUCUUGCUGAGCGACUUUCUCUGCCUAUGUUUUCGUAUCAUUUUUUUAGAGUAUUUAUAAACCCGUUUAAUGGGGAGUAUUUUUACAUUGAACUGUUUUGGCUGUAUAACGUUACUCUGGACUUUCUGACCUCUGGGAAUUCCUGUUUUUGAUGGGGUUAUUUGGAAUUGAAGAAACAGAGACGGUUUAAGUAUUGCAUUAGCAUCGUUGUAUUAUUUAUAUGGCACGUCUUUAAUUAAAGCUGCAAUCUGUAAUUUUUACGGGUUAAAAAUCAACAAGAAUCGGUACAUAAACAGUCAGUCUCUCUUUACCUUGCAACGGUUCAAAACGUUAAGCUUAUAAUAAUUCAAAAGUCGGAUUGUGUGGGAAACGUCAACUUGUAACGUCAAAAGUAUCCUGCAGUUUUAUGUUUCGAACAGAGAUGGCGACAAAGAAAAAACGUUACAGAUUUCAGCUUUAACAAAUCAUUCAAAGCACUGAACAGCAAGCGGUUUUAAUUCAUCUGCAUAAGACAUUUAGUAAAAGCAGAUGGUGAUCAAAAUCGAUUUUUUUGUGCUUCCUUUAAAUUAAGCUUUUAAGUUAUGUGUUUGAUAAAAGGUAUAAAGUAACUUAUAAAGCCAUAGACGAAUUAAUGUAUUUGGAACAUAGAGGGGAUAUUUUUGUAAAGUGUCUAUGUUCAAGUUUAUGCAAGUAAUUUAACUUUCAGUGCCUUACCGAUUUUAGCAUAUUGGCAUUUAGGCUCUCUGUGUACACUAGAGGUCUUUCGGGUUCAAAAAAAUGUACCUGACCCGAAAUGAUCCAAAUUACUUUUUAUCCAUAAAUAAUGCAUAAAUAUUUAUUUCAAAAGAAAAACCCGACCCAAGACAAACCCGAGAACAUUACACCAGAGUCCGAACCGAACCAGUGGCAAUUUUUUUUAACCCGACUGGGCCCGAAUGUAAACGGCACCAACGUGUGUGCAGUCUGCAUCCCGCACACACCAGUCAGACAGAAAGAAACCCCAUUGGUCUCGCAUCCAAUUUGGCCCACUGCUCCAUUGGUUUUAAUCUGUUAUUUGACGAUGACACCAAGGUAAUGCAAAAAUUGCAAGGGGGGGGGGGGGUGUUGGAAAAGGACUUGAUGGACACACACGCAAAAUAGUUCGGGUCGUCUCGGGUCCGUUUGGCAAAAACAAAUUCAUUUUAAAUCAUUUUCAUUUUUACUUAGAUCUGAAAACCCGAGACAUGAUGCCGCUAUUCUUAUACCCGACCCGUGCCCGAGGCAAACAUUAAACUUUUAAACCCGAACCCGCUCGGGUUGGACCUCGGGUUUUUGGAUCUAAGUGGAUUUGGCCCCUGCUUCAUUUGUUAUCUGACGAUGACACCAAGGUAACCGCUUACAGUGUGUAUUCAAAAUUGAUUGACAGGUCUGUCUCAACGAAAAUUAACCUACCGACAGCCACACGAUGUUACAAGCGCUCUUGGCAAACAGAGGGGGGGUUGGAAAAGGACUUGAUGCACACAAGCAAAAUAGUUUGGGUCGUCUCCGGUACGUUUGGCAAAAACAAAUUCAUUUUAAAUAAUUUUCAUUUCUACUUAGAUCCGAAAACCCGAGACAUGAUAUCGCUAUUCUUAUAACCAACCCGUGCCCGAGGCAAACAUGAAACUUUUAAACCCGAACCCGCUCGGGUUGGACCUCGGGUUUUUGGAUCUAAGUGGAUUUGGCCCCUGCUCCAUUUGUUAUCUGACAAUGACACCAAGGUAACCGCUUACAGUGUGUAUUCAAAAUUGAUUGACAGGUCUGUCUCAACGAAAAUUACCCUUCUGACAGCCACACGAUGACACAAGCACUAUUGGCAAACAGGGGGGUUGGAAAAGGACUUGAUGCACACAAGCAAAAUAGUUUGGGUUGUCUCAGGUCGGUUUGGAAAAAAAUUCAUUUUAAAUCAUUUUCAUUUCACUUAGAUCCGAAAACCUGAGACAUGAUGCCGCUAUUCUUAUACCCGACACGUGUCCGAGGCACACAUGAAACUUUUAGACCUGAACCCGCUCGGGUCGGACCUCGGGUUUUUGGAUCUGAGUGGAUUUGGCCUCUGCUCCAUUUGUUAUCCGACGAUGACACCAAGGUAACCGCUUACAGUGUGUAUUCAAAAUUGAUUGACAGGUCUGUCUCAACGAAAAUUAACCUACCGACAGCCACGUAACAAGCGCUCUUGGCAAACAGAUGGGGGGUUGGAAAAGGACUUGAUGCACACAAGCAAAAUAGUUUGGGUCGUCUCGGGUCCAUUUGGCAAAAACAAAUUCAUUUUAAAUCAUUUUCAUUUCACUUAGAUCCGAAAACCCGAGACAUGAUGCCGCUAUUCUUAUACCCGACCCUUGCCCGAGGCAAACAUGAAACUUUUAAACCCGACCCCGCUCGGGUUGGACCUCGGGUUUUUGGAUCUAAGUGGAUUUGGCCCCUGCUUCAUUUGUUAUCUGACGAUGACACCAAGUUAACCACUUACAGUGUGUAUUCAAAAUUGAUUGACAGGUCUGUCUCGAUGAAAAUUAACCUACAGACAGCCACACGAUGUCACAAGCGCUCUUGGCAAACAGAUGGGGGGGUUGGAAAAGGACUUGAUGCACACACGCAAAAUAGUUUGGGUCGUCUCGGGUCCGAUUGGCAAAAACUAAUUCAUUUUAAAUAAUUUUCAUUUUUACUUAGAUCCGAAAACCCGAGACAUGAUGCCGCUAUUCUUAUACCCGACCUGGUCUGAGGAACACAUGAAACUUUUAGACCCGAACCCGCUCGGGUUGGACCUCGGGUUUUCAGAUCUAAGUGGAUUUGGCCCCUGCUCCAUUUGUUAUCUGACGAUGACACCAAGGUAACCGCUUACAGUGUGUAUUCAAAAUUGAUUGACAGGUCUGUCUCGAUGAAAAUUAACCUACCGCCAGCCACACAAUGUCACAAGCGCUCUUGGCAAACAGAUGAGGGGUUGGAAAAGGACUUGAUGCACACACGCAAAAUAGUUCGGGUCUUCUCGGGUCCGUUUGGCAAAAAACAAAUUAAUUUUAAAUAAUUUUCAUUUCACUUAGAUCCGAAACCUGAGACAUGAUGCCGCUAUUCUUAUACCUGACCCAUGUCCGAGGCACACAUGAAACUUUUAGACCCGAACCCGCUCGGGUCAGACCUCGGGUUUUCAGAUCUAAGUGGAUUUGGCUCUUGCUCCAUUUGUUAUCUGACGAUGACACCAAGGUAAACGCUUACAGUGUGUAUUCAAAAUUGAUUGACAGGUCUGUCUCAACGAAAAUUACCCUACCGACAGCCACACGAUGUCACAAGCGCUCUUGGCAAACAGAGGGGGGGUUGAAAAAGGACUUGAUGCACACAAGCAAAAUAGUUUGGGUCGUCUCGGGUCCGUUUGCAAAAUCAAAUUCAUGGGGGGGUAGGAAAGAACCCGCUUGGGUCGGACCUCAGGUUUCCGGUUGAAGUGGACAUGUGAAGACCUCUAGUGUACACUAUGUUGUAAAAAUGGGCUGUUCUUUAUAGCAGUCAAUGGUACCAAAUGCUCUUUUACUUUUAAAAGCUUUCUAUCAAAGAAAUUGUCACAAAUGCUCAAAAGUGUUUGCCGAUGUGCUAGAUCAAGUUUUCUUUAAGUAGCAUGCAUGUUCUGGGAUAAUCUAUUUAGCACUUAUAUUUCUUAACUAGAAUCAGCUGGGACAGGUUUCCGAUGUCUUUCCUGAUAACUGGAGAGGUUAAUAAUACCAAAGACUUACGUGGUACAUGGCACUAUAUUUACCCAAUGCAGCUGGAAUAAGCUCCGAUAAUUGUUUAUUUGGGAUAUAAUGUAGUCAUAUUACAAUUUUUCAAACAUGCAUUGGACCUGUUGGUAAUGUAAGCUUCCAGAUUGAUGACUUUUUUUCAAAAACCAUCCACUACAGAAUCAUUUACCCAUCUGCGAUUGUGUAACUUGGUUAUGUUCCUCUAGUGCCUUAUACACAAACUAUACAAACCUCACUGAACUGAAAGCUUUAAUUUAAACUCUGCUUAUAAAGCCUUUAUUUAAGCAAUCGAAUGAGAAGACCAAAGCUCUUAGCCAUUUUUAUUACCUGUUUGUUUACCUGUACAUUGGUCCAGUAUUGCAUCUCUUGUAGGGAUUGUCCGGUAGGGGUAAGGCGUCUCCGAGUGACCCCACCAAUGCCGGCCCUGUUUCACACGCUCAGGGUGUUACAAGUCUUACAAAUCUGAAUAGCUGUGAGUGUGUGCGAAUUGUUUACAACAUUCUGAGCGUAUGUUGUAUAUCACAGGAGGAAAAUACACACCCCUGUUUACGUAUUAUUAUGUUAUUUCUUUUGUAAAUGAGUAUUUAUCUGACAGGUUAACCGAGCGAAUUUGUCUCUGGUUCUUGCAUGCUUUGAUUUCUUUGCACAACUGUGUUUAAAUUAUCUGGCUUUUCCUCCCUGUCAAGCCUGUUCGCUUUUAUCCACGGAUGGAAUAAAGGUUUGAGGGAAAAUCGAUCAUGACAACAGUGAAAGAAAUUGGCUUUUUUGAUUGCUGUAUGUUGACAUAAUAGUUUUCUUUGUAAGGAAAAUAAAAGAUUUUGCAAUGA